AUGCCAGUGGACGUGGGGUGGGCGCAGCGGAACCCCCUGCGCCGAUCCAUUGACUCCUCAUCACUGGGGACAACGGCGUCCAAUCAUUCCUCUGCCUCUCUUUUUUCCCCGUUCCUCUUGUUCGCGCUCAUCUCGUUCCUGGUUGCGAGUGUUGAGUUGACCGACGAGUCAUCUGAUGAGGUUAGCGAUGAGGAUGAUGGCGUCGACGACGUGGUUGGCGAUGCCCUUCCUGCCCUGGCCCAUGGCAAUCAGACAGCACCGAGCACUUCCCAGACUCACUCAUAUGCGGCUGGCAAGGCUGUAGAUACACCCACCCUUUUUCGCGCGAGUCGUCUCUCCUACGACACAUCCGAACAAAACAUAUCCCUGGAAAAAUGUACAAGUGCCAUGAACCGGAGUGCAAUCGGUCUUUCAGUCGGAAGGAUCAUCUACGCAGCCAUGAACGAAUGGCUCAUACACACCUGGUACAUCAAGGCAACGCCGAGUACUGCUCCCAAUGCCAUGUUUGAUGGAUUUUGGGGAUUUGCGUGA